UCCUUCGUUUUCCGCUUGCGCCAUUCCUCACGGGCCGUGAUUGAGCUAGUACAGAUGAGAUCGGGUUCAGAUUGAUCAAUCUAGUCGAAUCAUUUUUUGUCUGCUGCCCUCUCUGGCUCUAGGUUCUCCCACACUCAUUGGUAUGCGCGGUCAGAGAGUGCCUGUGAUGUUAUCUCUGACUCGAUAUUGAAACGGAGCCGCUGAACAUGAGGCCUGCGCACACUGUGACUGAUCUCAGUGCAGUGUGGGAUAAAAGAAUACACACGGACCCACCCACCCUUCAAUCCUCCUCUCUCGAGUGCGAUGGAGCAUUUCUACCUCCCUGCAGACGAUUAUCAGAAGCAGAUCGACGAGAUUGAGGCUCGAAUGGCUCAGCUGGACCGUGAAGAAGAUGCCGCACUGAAAGCCAAGGUCGCCGAGAGGCUUAGCCACUUACUGAAUAGGGUUCACAAAUGGGAACCGGGACCCUACAAAAACAUAUUCUACAACCUCAUGAAUAGACGGACACAAUCGCCGGCUCAGCCUGUCAGUCAACGGCUCCUCGUGCUCUGGAAUCAAUAUCAAUUGGAGUCCCUGACAUUGAAAUUCCACCGCGAAAGCAGGCAGAGCGCCAAUAUCGCGAUCCCCGGUAGCUCCGGAAACCUACGGCAGACACCAACUCCCGGGUAUGCUCCCGGUCUUCAAGGAUACCUUAGUCCUGGAGGCCAAGCGGCAGCCAUGCCGGCCGAGGUAACUCAUUCCCAAGGACUGCCGAUGAGAAUGCUGUCCCAGUCGGCCAUGGCGCCUGCAGCGCAAGGCGAAUAUCAGCCUUCGGCUGGACGCGGUGGACUGGCGAGGCUGGCGCCAACUCCGCUGGAGAACAGCCCCUCCACCUCGAUUCGCAGUCGAACCAGCUCAAACCUAUUCGAUGUUCAAGAUAUGGAGUGAUUCAUUCUUGUGGUCUCAAUCUCCCAAUCUGUACUUGUUGCGAUCGAUGUUCCUAUAAACCGUGGUCGUCUAUGAAUUUGUCUGUCCGAUAAACCUGAAAGGCUUAUGCGAAUCUAAUGGAACGAACGAACCGACUGCUGAUUCUCCAUUAUAACGAGGUUUGCUGAGAUCCUGCCGGCGCAGCCGCUCGGUAUGCCCAGUACAACAAGUCUAAGUACGAACAUGGAUUAGAUGGCAUGCGUCCGGUGCCAGUAUUUUCUACAUAAAAGCCAGCGAUAACAGUAACACAACGUCCAGAACCAACGUCUGUCUAGUUUACUCCGGUGGCUGUUUCCCGCCACCCUUCCCGCUCUCCAGAUCCGACAUAGGGACGCGGUCGUAGCCCUGUUUCGCAGCCUCCGUUUCCUGGUGCUUGAACCACGUGUACAAAAGCGAUCCCCCGAGAAUCGUGGCGAUGGAUGUAGC